AUGGACGGCGAAAACUUGUACGACGAAUUCGGCAACUAUGUCGGACCCGAAUUGGACAGUGAUGAGGAGGAAGAUGAUGCCGAAGAAAUGCAAGAGGAUCGAGAUGGGGACAAGGAUGAUGAAGCGGAAGAAAUGGAAGAAGACGAGGCCGAAGCAAUUCCACAAAAUCAAAUUGUACUUCACGAGGAUAAGAAAUACUACAAAUCGGCUCUCGAAAUUUAUGGACAAGAGGUGGAAACAUUAGUUCAAGAGGAGGACGCCCAGCCCUUGACUGAACCAAUUGUCAAGCCGACGACUCAACGAAAAUUCCAAGCCACCGAGCACAAUCUACCAAACACCGUCUACAACAAGGAAUACCUUGCAGAUUUGAUGGAUUGUCCCCAUGUAAUGAGGAACAUCGCUAUAGCUGGACAUUUACAUCAUGGAAAGACUACAUUUAUCGAUUGUUUGAUGGAGCAAACGCAUCCGGAUUUUUGCCGAGCCGAAGACCAGGAUACUCGCUACACGGACACCCUGUUCAUCGAGCAACAGAGAGGAUGUUCGAUCAAAAGUAUGCCUAUCUCCAUCGUCAUGCAAGACAGUCGCAACAAAAGUUUUCUUCUCAACAUCAUUGAUACACCUGGACAUGUGAACUUUUCCGAUGAGAUGACCGCUGCUUAUAGAAUUGCUGAUGGAGUUGUCGUGGUUGUGGAUGCUCAUGAAGGAGUUAUGAUGAACACGGAGAGAGCCAUUAAACACGCUGUUGCUGAAAGAUUGCCGAUUGUACUUUGCAUCAACAAAGUGGACAGAAUGAUACUGGAACUCAAGCUUCCUCCAGCUGAUGCUUACUACAAACUUCGUCUAAUUAUUGACCAAAUUAAUGCGCUUUUGCAGACAUUUUCGGAAGAUCCCAACCCCGUUCUCAUCUCGCCUUUGAUGGGAAAUGUGGUUUUCGCUUCCGGCCGGUAUAACUUCUGCUUCUCGUUGCUCUCGUUCGCAAAUGUCUACGCACAGUCAUGCAAAAAAUUGAAUGCCCAAGAAUUCGCUCGUCGACUUUGGGGUGACAUCUACUACACCAAAUCAACAAGAAAGUUCUCUAAGAAGCCACCAACUGGUUCGACGCCUCGAACUUUUGUCCAUUUUAUCUUGGAUCCACUCUACAAAAUUUUUAGUCAAGUUGUUGGGGAUGUCGAUACGUGUCUUCCAAGUAUCAUGGCGGAAUUGGGAAUUAAACUUUCGGUGGCCGAGCAAAAGAUGAACGUCCGCCCACUCGUUGCGCUGAUUUGCAAGCGAUUUUUUGGGGACUUCAAAGCGUUUGCCGAUCUCGUCACUCUUCAUAUCCAAUCGCCAGCCGACAACGCUCGAGCGAAAGUCGAACAUUGUUGGACUGGGCCCAUGGAGAGUAAACUUGCUGAAGAGAUGGUCAAAUGCGAUGCAGCUGGUCCUUUGAUGGUACACACGACCAAAAACUAUCCAACGAAUGAUGCUACUUCGUUUAAAGUGCUUGGACGAGUUCUUUCUGGAACUCUAACAUCUGGACAAGAUGUACGAAUCCUGGGAGAAAAUUACAGUAUUCAAGAUGAGGAAGAUUGCCGUAGAAUGACAGUCGGACGUCUCUGGGUACCGGAAGCAAGGUAUGAUAUCGAAGUUUCUCGGGUGCCCGCCGGAUGUUGGGUCUUGAUCGAAGGCAUUGAUCAGCCAAUCGUCAAAACAGCGACAAUCGUUGAGACUGAAUGGGAUGAAGAUCUCUACAUUUUCCGUCCUCUGAAGUUCAAUACAAAAUCUGUGGUGAAGCUUGCCGUGGAGCCGAUCAACCCAAGCGAGCUUCCAAAAAUGCUUGAUGGUCUUCGGAAGGUUAAUAAGUCGUAUCCACUGCUGACGACAAGAGUCGAGGAAUCGGGCGAACACGUGCUACUUGGAACUGGUGAACUAUACAUGGAUUGUGUUAUGCACGAUAUGCGUAAGGUCUUCUCCGAAAUCGAUAUCAAAGUUGCCGACCCGGUGGUUUCCUUCUGUGAGACGGUUGUCGAUACAUCAACGUUGAAGUGCUUUGCUGAAACACCAAACAAAAAGAACAAGUUGACGAUGAUUGCGGAACCUUUGGAGAAAGGUCUUGCGGAAGACAUUGAGAACGAAGUGGUACAAAUCGGCUGGAACCGAAGGAAAUUAGGAGAAUUCUUCCAAACGAAAUACGAUUGGGAUCUAUUGGCAGCUCGGAGCAUUUGGGCGUUUGGACCCGACACAACUGGACCAAACAUUCUUCUUGAUGACACUCUUCCGUCUGAAGUCGAUAAACAACUACUUGGUACUGUGCGUGAAAGUUUGGUACAAGGAUUCCAAUGGGCGGCCAGAGAAGGGCCUUUGUGUGAAGAACCUAUUCGCAAUGUUAAAUUCAAGUUGCUGGAUGCUACAAUUGCGCAAGAGCCACUGUACAGAGGAGGUGGACAAGUCAUCCCAACAGCCAGAAGAUGCGCAUAUUCGGCUUUCUUGAUGGCCACUCCUCGUUUAAUGGAGCCUUACUACUUGGUCGAAGUUGUUGCGCCAGCGGAUUGUGUAAGCAGCGUCUACACGGUGCUUGCCAAAAGAAGAGGACACGUUUUCAAAGAUGCGCCAAUCUCUGGUUCUCCCAUGUACACAAUGAAGGCUUAUAUUCCUGUGAUGGACUCAUUCGGAUUUGAGACGGAUCUUCGUACCCAUACUCAGGGGCAAGCAUUUUGUCUAACGGCCUUCUCGCAUUGGCAAAUGGUUCCCGGUGAUCCACUCGAUAAGAGCAUUGUGAUUCGACCGCUUGAGCUUCAACCAGCUGCUCAUUUGGCUCGAGAGUUUAUGAUCAAGACGAGACGUCGUAAAGGGUUAUCUGAAGACGUGUCGGUCAACAAAUUCUUCGAUGAUCCUAUGUUGCUCGAGUUGGCGAAACAACAGGACUUCUAUUCUGCCUUC